UCGUAAUACGAUAGAUACGUCUCCGUUGAGUUAAUAAAUAAAUAAAUAAAUAAGUUAAAGUAAUUGGUGGCAUGUUAUCUGGCUUGUUGAGUUGAAAACACCGGGAAGCACGUCACUGCUGCACAGCGGCCGUGAGGGAUUUGCACCUAUUUUUUUUAUGCUUAGCGUUUCAGCAAUGUGACGUGCAAGAAUGACGGGUAAAAGCCAGCAGAGUGGUUACCAACCAGCCACAGGAGUUCAGCCAGCUAAUGGAGGACGUGCCUAUGUUUUUGCAAACAAUCUGAAUUUGGAAAAUGAGUUUUCUGAAGAUGAUGGGGAUUGCUAUGAGCUGCGAUCAAGAGGAAAGGAAAAAGUUCGCAGAAGCACAUCCAGAGACAGAUCAAAUGACAUUGUGUAUUUGGUGAGAGACAUUAAGGAGGGAGACACCUUAAAUGCCAUUGCUCUUCAGUAUUUCUGCUCGGUUGCAGAUAUCAAGAGGGCCAACAACCUUCUUAAUGAACAGGACUUUUUUGCCCUGAGGUCUUUAAAAAUCCCUGUGAAAAAGUUCAGUGUCUUGACGGAGACCCACAGCCCCUCCGUGCUGAAGCAGCUCUCACCAGCUGAUCACAGCACCCCAGAAGCACAGGAAGCCGAAGCCGCCUUGGACUCUUCUUCCUCGACGGAGAGCGUGGGAAACUACCUGCAGGAGGUGGACAAGGACAUUGAGCAGCUGGUGAAGUCCAGUGACUCCUCCAGAGGAAGCUUGAACGAGGUGGUCUCCUCCCUUUCAUCACCGCGGCAGCUCGGGGAAGCUGAACGCAGAGUAUCUGUCCGCAAAGAUCCUUACUAUGGGGCAGAUUGGGGUAUGAGGUGGUGGAUGGCUGUGACAAUCAUGCUUGUUGUUGGGAUUAUUACUCCUGUGUUUUACCUUCUUUACUAUGAGGUUUUGAUGAAAGCGGACAUCAGCCAUCAUUUGACGUCUGAGUCGCUUGGUUCAGUUUCCGUGAUCCCCACACAGCACCCGGAACUGUUAAACGUAAAAUCGGGGGAAGCAGUACCUAGGGAGGUUCAUGAACAUUUCAACCUGAAUAAUCCUGUUCCUUCUCUGCACAGGGAUGACACGUAGUCGGUGCUUGAAAACAGUCUCCAUAAACAAUUCCCUUGGACCACGUCCAGUAAUGGUAGUUGUUUCUUUAUAAAGGUGCAAUCUUAAACAUAAUGGACAACAGAAAACAUUUUAAAUAAAAAAUAAAAAAUCUCUUUCAAUGCAUAAAAUAUGUACUUUACGUAGAGAUAUUAUGGUGGGCACACCUGUGUUUUACUUUUUUUAAAACAGUUGGUAUAUGUAUUGUAGUUGAGACUUCUCUGAAGCUGCCACUAUGUUAUGCUCAGGAAUAUACCAGUACUAAACUAUUCAGGGCAUUAACUUACGAUCAAUGAAGAGGAUACUUCGUAACUUAAGUUUACUUCUUGCAAUCUGCAACAUUAAUAUUCAUUGCUUUGCAGAACCCAACCAUAUUAUAGUGCAAGCAGACAUAUAUACUGUAUUCCUUUGACUUAAGACAUACUUUUUGAACAAUUUUUUGCAUCUCAAAAAUAGCCUGCCUUAAAUUUGAGUACAGUAUAGUGAUGCGUGUAUUAAAAGACAUACAAAAGACUACAAAAGACAUGACUACCCGAAUACACAAACAGCAACGUAACUGACUGCCAAGAAAAGACGAACAAAACGUCAGUGCCUAAAUAGACAAGCAGCAACAUGACUUACUGCCGAGAAAAGACGAACCAAAACAUUACUGACCGAUUGCCAAUCAUCCAUGACAUAGAGGCAGACAUUUUCAAAAAAAGUUAUUAGCUUCUAACAAGCAGUACCAGCUUGGACAGAUCGGAAAUGCUGAUCACACCCCCGUAUCCCAAGCAAUACCACAGUUCACAAAUUGGGAGAAAAACAGGUGUGAGUAAUGAGAAGUAGCACAUAACUAAUACUCUGUGUGAUAGCAGACUGCCUCCAUAUGCGUAAUUGAGGUUGUAAAUGCAUAUUUAUUUGAUGUUUUAUUUUUUCCUCAAAUUGAGGGUGGGAAAUUUGGGCUGUGUCUUAAAUUCAAAGGAAUGCGGGGUGUGUGUAAUAUAUAAUAUAUAUAUAUAUAUAUAUAUGGAUAGGAACUUUUGGUAAGUUCUUGAGCACUUGCAGCAAUCUACACAAGUUAAUGCCCUACUUUAAUAAAAGCAUUGACUGCUUUUCAUAUAUGUGAAGUAAUUAUUAUGUUAACUGCAUGGUCAUUAAUUUUAAUACAUUUACAGUAUGUGUGAUGUUGAAAUGUUCCACUAAAUUAAUAUUUUAAAGUUUACAUUUUCUGAUUGAAUUGUAUAUAGAACUGUUGAAGACUGGCUUAUCUGAUGGUUACAAGCAGUCAUCUGUAUAGGUAUGUGCCUUCUCCAUAUGGAUAAAUGGGCAAGAAAAGCAUUGUUAAACACAAAGAAUAAAUAUAUUUUGGUACAGUA